GCGUCAAGAUGGGAAGAGUACUGCAACUGGUGGGCGUGGCAGCACUGGUGAUGUGGGCUGGGCCAGCAGAGUGUCAAGAGGACCUAUUGGCUGUAGAGAGCUCAGUGGGCGGAGUGAGGGUCGCGGCGCCUCCCUCAUACCUCACGCCGAAGGACAACAGGGUAGUGUCGGGACAUCAACAGCAGCAGUACGCCAAAUACCCCGUCAGGAAACAACUUGGUGAGAUUAUGCUUCCAUCUCGACCGAAGGCACCGCGCUCCAGAAACCCCAUCACUGGGAUUGGUCAGCAGAUUGGUGAAUAUAUGCGGCGAAUCAGCGACUACUUCUACUGGUUUAUCUCGGGAAGCCCACCAAUCACGCGCAAAAAAGCCAAAGCAAAACAACGCGCUCCCGGGAAAGGAUUGGUCCGUAAACCGUACCGCUUCAGGGGAGCGCCAAUCAGACAACAAAAUGCCGAGGGUGAAGCACCAGUCACAAAAAAGCAGUUGCCCAUGAGUCGUCGGCUGGGUCGUCCUCAGUAUCAGGUGGUCCGGGACAGGCACAACAUCCCUUACACACAACUGAGAGACAACCUACAUCGAAGACGCAGACACGAAGUGAUGAAAAUAACCAAAAAAUAAGACAUUAACUUCAAAAAUGGUGCAAUACUCUCUAGUCCUGUAAGAGACCGAGAGCUGCCGCCCCACGAGUCAUUAAUUACGCCGACCUCCAGUGUGGCACCUCGAGUACUACACAUCCCCACUGUAGCACACCUUCACCUCUGCACAUCAUUAAUUUACAUCUCGUAUUACACGUCUCCCGGAUCUUACCUGGCUCAUAGGUCAUCGACUGACUUCUGUUAAGCUUAGAAGUAAAUAGGUAAUAAAUAUACUAUGUAAUUACAUUUCAGUAGAGUAGAAACACAUGUAUAGGAAUAUUGUUGCACUUGUGUUGAGGAUUAAGUAACACUGUACUGAUUCAAUAUUUACUUAGCGAUCACCACACCUUAAACGACCGUAUCAGGGGAACCUAACCUAAGGACCUUAUUAAGGGAAGGGUGUUGAGUGUAGGCCGACACCAUUUGGGGAUCCUCGCCUUACUUAUUGUACUAGGUCACUCUUCCUCUCACGUUGUCAGAGACUGUACUGUAAACUGGGGGACCACACCUGACUGAUAAUCCUAAAUUGGGGGGUUGGCGUUACCUUUAUAACUGGAGGGAGAGGUUGCCUGUAGAACUAGGGGGAGAGGUUGCCUGUAGAACUGGG